GUUAAGACAGUGAUGCUCAUGUGAGUUGCUUAAUGGCUGCUAGAUAAAGCUUCUUUCCUUUACCCUUCCUCCCACUGUAGAGAGGUGCUGAAGGUGCAGAAAUAAGGGGAUGACUUCUUGUAAAGGUUAUUCACCCAUGGUACCCUUCAAACAGUUCUCUAUUGGUUUUUGUGUGUUUCAUACACACAGACCUCCCACUACCGAUGCGCUGGUAAAAUUUAAAUAUUGAAUGGUUUCGUGUAUGAGGGUUUUAUGUCAGGACUUUGUUUAGAAGAAAAGAAAAAGAUGACUCAGGCUUAGUCAUAUGCAAGCCAACCCAACACACACUGCUGCGGAUGGACUUUUGUUGUCAGUCAUCCCUCCUACAACCAAGACCUUUCCUCUGUGCUGCUGAGAAACAGUGAGUGUAAGACAGAGAAAUGAGAGAGAUGGAGAGAGAGAGAGAGAGAGACAAAGGCGUGAAACAAUGCUUUUGGUUGAUAAUUUGACUAGAUUGUGAGAUGAAGUGAUCGAUGUGAGAAUUGGAGUGACUGUUUUAUCUUCUCUCAAUGCCAGGGUACAGCAGAUUUACCACUGUCCACAAAGUCACUUUAGUGGAUGGCCCCAGAAGUGGAGGCCAGAUGGAAAUUGGGUCACAUGACCGCCUCCAGGAAGGCGCGCUGAGCCUGGAACUGACCAAUGGGGUGAAUCGCUACCCUAAUGAUGAUACAACAUCUAUGGAAAAAGAGCAGCAGAGGGCAGGAAGUGUGCCGCCAAGGCAGUGCUGGGUGUCAGGACCUGGCAACGUCAGUGACACCCAACAACCGCAACCAUGUUGGAACAGCAGCAGUGGUACCCCAGGUGAACCCGUCCACCACGCAGAUAUGGAGGAUGCCCACAAUCUGGUGGCUUUUUCUGCUAUUGCUGGCUCCUUGCCUCGUUCUUCCUCCUCUUCCAGCCCCGUGCAGCCUAACACAGCCCAGCUGUAUGAGAAGUUCACCAAGGAGAUGGGUGCUGAGGGGGCUCAGGGCAAACUCUCUGCAGAAGCUCCUGAGGGAAGCUGCCAAACUCCAGAAGAUCUGAACACUCUACAGACAGCACUGAGCCAAGCCAAACAUGGACACAAGCCCCCUAACUGCAACUGUGAUGGGCCUGACUGUCCAGACUAUCUUGAGUGGCUGGAGAAGAAGAUUAAGUUGGCAAACAAUGAGGAUCAAGGUGCCUGCAAGAUGACUAAUGUUCCCCCACACGUACAGCCUCACAUACAGCAACCCCAUUUGCAGCAUCACCCUCAGCCGUACCCCCAGGUGAAUGGUUGCCACCAUCUGUCUGCUUCAUACCCCCAGCAACAACAGGAAACUCAGGGCCCUCGCUUAGACCAAGUGCCCUGCUCCAAACCCCCAAUUCCCUGCUCUCCCCAGGUGCUCUUCAUAGCCAAGGAAAAGAACGUCAGUCUUCAGACAGCCAUUGCCAUAGAAGCCCUUACACAGUUAUCUGGUACUGGUCCAUUAGCUGCCGGUUCUCCAGGUCAAGAUCCCUACAACAGUAACCUCUAUCACCACCAACAUACCCAGAAUUUCCCAUCUCAGCCCCCCAAUGGCACCAGCUUGAUCCCUUCCUCUCCCGGCAACCACUCAUCUUCCUCACGCUCUCAAUCCGUCCCUCCGGGACUGCACAACAUUCAGCCGGCCCAAGUGUCCUGUGAGCACCAUAGGCCCCAAUCCCAGGGCCACCCACCCAAUGUUUCCCCUCUCCAAUCCUCUACCUCUCCCUUCCCGGGUCAGGGAAAACAUCCAGGCUUCAGCCCUAAUCCCCAGCAGUGGCAGCAGGGCUCAGGCAGAGGCUCUGAACAGAGGAACCCGUGGAUGUGUAUAAAGUCUGAGCCCCAGUCUCACUACGCUGCUGCACCUCACAGUAGCUCAGAUCCCAUGUCGGAGCUCAAACAGCUGCUUGGUGACACCAGUGGUAAGUUCAACAAUGCCCAUUUCAAGCUUCCGGUCACACAACAGAUUAGCUUGAACCAGAACGGAGGUAUCCAGGGCCAGAACAACCCUGCAUUGGUCAGAAUAAAGCAAGAACCAGAGGCUGGUGAGCAUCUCCAUCACACUGCCUCCAUGGGACAUUACGGCAUGGCUAAUGGUCAGCACUACCCGGGCACUCCCCUCUCUCCUGGCCAAGCAGCUAUUAGCCACUCCACUCAGGCAGCUCUGCAACAGCACCUUCACUACAAGAGGAACCUUUUCUCUAACCACUCCCCUGGCUUUGGAGCACCAGGCCCUCAUGCACCUCUAAAAAAAUGGUGGCCACAGAUGGAGGCAGAAGGUUUUUCACAUCUGGCCAUCAAACAGGAACCCAAGGAACCCAAAAGGAGAAAAAGCAGCCAAGGGUCUCCUGUCAUAAAAGCUAUGAGUGGGAUGAUUGGAGUCCCUCCCCUGCCUAAACCCAAACAGAUAAUCAUUAAGAAGACCAAGCAGAAAGCCUCCAUGCCAACCUUCCUGCCUCAGAAUCAGAUAACCGUACAAAAAACAUCAGUCCUCAUGAUGGAGAGAGCCCUGACCCAGACCAGCCUGCAACCAGGUUCUCUCCCCUCUCUGCCCCUCCACAGUAACUCCACUCAGGCUGCUGCUGCAGGCCUUCCUGCCCCAGUCCAAUCUCAGGUAUCCAUUUCCAACUACUCAAUUAUUCCCUCUUCCAUUGUUUCUGCUUUGUCAGAAAACACUCCAGCCCUCAUGGGCCCUCUGCCCCCACCAGUGGCCCCUCUAGCCAAUGCUAAGUCAGAGGGAGUUGGCAGCUUUGCCUCCAGUAACACCAGCACCACCACACCUAUGACCUCCACAUCUUUAUCCAGCACCUCACAAUUACAAAGUGUCAUCAACAUAGACCCGAAGUACGAAGAACUUAUCCGUCAGUUUGAGGCUGAAUUUGGGGACUCAGCCCCAGAUGUACCUUUCAGUCAGCCCAUGGAGGAGACUGCUACAGGCCCUCAGCUGAGGAAUCAGUCUCAAACCGGUCAUCAGGACCUCAGUCCCACAUCAUCUUCCACCUCCCAGUCAGCUCCCUUAAUUGUGUCCACUCAAGCCAGCUCAAUACCUAAUCCAGAUGAUCAGGAGAUGGUAGUCAGCAAGGAUAAGUUAGGGCCCCAAAGUGAAGCAUCCUUGAACCAUGCAUCCACAGAAAUCCCUAUGGGGAAUGUUGCUCUGCAUCAUCAGGCCAUUCUGGACAAGCAGCAGCAGACCAGUGUGCUAGAGGAUACGUUCAGCGUGCCGUGCUCUCCUCUGCCCAAGCGUAUGAAGAUUGAAGCCUCGGGUGAUAUAGCAGUACUUUCCACUACAUGCUAUUCUGAAGAGGACACACCCACUAAGGACAGUCUGCCUUCUUCUCCGUCUCUAAGAGGAUUCCUAGAGUCUCCUCUGCGCUACUUGGACACCCCUACCAAGACCGUACUGAGUACUCCUCCCAAGGAUCUGCAGUCAGAGUUCCCCACCUGCACCUGUGUGGAGCAAAUCGUGGAGAAAGACGAAGGGCCCUACUACAACCACCUGGGAUCUGGACCUACUGUAGCCUCUAUACGAACCCUGAUGGAGACAAGGUAUGGAGAGAAGGGGGAUGCCAUCCGAGUUGAGAAGGUGGUGUACACAGGCAGAGAGGGGAAAAGCUCACAAGGAUGUCCUAUUGCUAAGUGGGUGAUCCGUCGUAGCAGCGAGACAGAGAAGCUGCUGUGUCUGGUGCGUCAGCGUGCAGGCCACCACUGUGCCAACGCUGUCAUCAUCAUCCUCAUUAUGGCCUGGGAAGGUGUCCCAAGGGCCCUGGCUGACAAGCUGUACAGUGAUCUCAGUGUCACCCUCACCAAAUAUGGCAACCCCACCAGCCGACGCUGUGGCCUCAAUGAUGAUCGUACCUGUGCAUGUCAAGGCAAGGACAGUGAAACUUGUGGUGCUUCCUUCUCCUUUGGCUGCUCCUGGAGUAUGUACUUUAACGGCUGUAAGUACGCCCGAAGCAAAAUACCGCGCAAGUUCAGGCUACAAGGAGAUCGCCCUGAAGAGGAGGACAAACUCAGGGAUAACUUCCAGCAUCUGGCAACUGAGGUGGCUCCUUUGUACAAGCAGCUGGCCCCACAGGCCUUCAGCAACCAGUGCCAGACAGAGUCGAAGGCUCCAGACUGCAGGCUGGGCUUGAAGGAAGGCCGCCCGUUCUCUGGAGUCACUGCUUGCAUGGACUUCUGUGCCCACGCUCACAAGGACCAGCACAACCUCUACAAUGGUUGCACAGUGGUGUGUACUUUAACUAAGGAGGACAACCGUUCGGUGAAGGGGAUCCCUGAGGAUGAGCAGCUCCAUGUGUUGCCUCUUUACAGGAUCUCCCAGACUGAUGAGUUUGGCAGUGAAGAGGCCCAGCGUCUCAAGAUGCAGACGGGGGCCAUCCAUGUGCUUCAGGCUUUCCGCCGUGAGGUACGCAAGUUGCCUGAACCUGCCAAGUCCUGCCGACAGCGCCGACUGGAGGCCAAAAAGGCCAACUCAGAGAAGAAGAAAAAUAAACUCAUGCAGCAGGCAGGGGAGACACCAGAGAAAAGAGUGGUCAAGGCUGAGGUCUGCAUCACUGGUUCCCCUCAACCCCCAGGCAAUAAAGCAAUUAUAAAACAGGAAGUGAAGCCUAAUAUCAAGAAGGAGCCCUUCAAUGGAUCAAUAGAUAGAUACCCUGUGCAGGCAACAGACCCGUUCAACAACAUCUAUCCACACCCUGCCUACUAUGCAAGGGGAGGCCUCCCCCCAACUGGCCAGCCCUCUGCACCAGAUGCGGUAAACGGUUACCACCACAAUCUGCCCACAAUGCACUAUGGCUACUACAACUAUCCACCCAAUGCACUUUUCCCCCCUAAGCUGAGGACCUACGAGGGUCGAAAUGGCUCUUUGCCCAAAGCAGGCAGCAAGGCCGUCCAGGUAGACACCAAGCCUGAUAUUCAGAGCCUUCAGGCCAAACUGGCCCAGUCCUACCCCACCCACCCAGAGCAAGCCAACCAAGCCCACCACAGCGCUUACACCCAGCCUGCAGACUUCAACCAGUCCCGUUCUUCUUCUGUCUGCUCUGAAUCCUCCAACCGAGGCACUCCAGUUAUCAAACAGGAGCCUAUGGAUGUAACAGUCUAUGAAGGCACAAUGCAGAGCCAGGCUGGUGUCAGCACACCUAGCACCACCCCCAAGCCUGCAGCCUGGCCCGGGCACAAGCUUAAUGGAAGUAUCGUAACUAAACUAAGUCCUGAAGCUUCGUUGUUGAACCCUGACAAACAGCAGUUUAACCAGCAUCCCCAGCAGCAACAGCCCUCUCCCUACCCCCAGCAGUGGACACACCUUGGCUCAAAUGCCCUGAUGGUUUCCCCUGCCCCAUCGCCAUCACUCAAGGUACCUCCCUCUCCAUCUCCGUCCCCUCACCUAGUCACAGCGUUCCCAGGUAACAUACACCAAGGGUCCACACACCCUGCCAACCCACACCCAAGCACCCCUCGCCCAGGGACACCACAGCCUGGGAGCUCUCACUCAGGCUUAGUUACACCACAGCCAGGAACCCCAGGCCCAGGAACCCCCAGGCACUGGGCCAGCCCUGGUCCUAGUCCUCAGCCGAAUGCUUGGGCCAUGGGGCCUAUGGCAUAUAGCCCUGGUUUGAAGCACAACAAUCCUGCAGGAGCCUACCCUGACAAGAUCUGGUCCAAGACUGGGGAAAGUCGGUGUUCUACUCCCCUAGGGCUCCAAGAGAAGGCUUGGAAGUCUUGUGGAGGUUCAUUGGCAGGCAGUACCCCGUCCCCUGCCCCUGAGGGUCGCCUCUUCCCUGAUGCCCUGCAGCAGUCAGAUCAGGCUUGCUGGAAUCCUGGCCGGGCUGAGAGUGAUGUUGAGAGCACCCAGGGCCGUGAGGAGGAUGACGAUGAGGUGUGGUCUGACAGCGAGCACAACUUCUUGGAUCCCAACAUUGGUGGGGUAGCGGUAGCACCCGCUCAUGGCUCAAUCCUGAUUGAAUGCGCCCGUCGGGAACUACAUGCUACCACUCCUCUCAAAAAGCCUGAUCGCUCUCACCCUACUCGCAUCUCCCUGGUCUUCUACCAGCACAAGAACCUCAACCAGCCCAUGCAUGGCCUGGCUAUAUGGGAGGCCAAAAUGAAGCUGCUGGCAGAGCGAGCGCUGCAGAGGCAGCAGGAAGCAGCGCUCCUUGGACUCUCCCAGGAGGACAUCAAGGCCCUUGGGAAGAAACGCAAGUGGGGGGCUACGGUGGCAGGUGCCAGUCCUGGACCUGGACAAUGUAAAGACAAGAGGGAGGGGCCAGUGACGCGGUUAGCCCCAACGUUCCACACCUCCUCUAUGGUUACUGUGUCUCCCUAUGCCUUCACUCGACUCACUGGGCCCUACAGCCACUUUGUCUGAGGUCAGACAGACACAAACUGAUAGCUACAGAGUGGCGCAGUGGAGGGCUGGAGAGAGCGAUGAGCAGGAUGAAUGUCUCUCAGCCGUCCCGCAUGUCUGGCAUCUCUCCAUCCUGCCCCCUCCGCAGUCCACUUGGAGGAGGAGGGGACAUUUUUAUUGUUUUUUACCUCAUGUCAGGCAGUGGUUUGGGCUUCAGACACACUGCCUGUGGUGCUCUUCCUCUCUCUUCCCUGGAGAGGAACUCCAUUGCUUUUUCUUGUUCAUAGAAUUUUAAUGAUUCUAAUUAUUGCUAUUAUUAUCAAUAUUAUUAUGAUUGCUAUUGUUACUGUCAAUGUUGUUAUUACAGGUAUUAUGAUAAUGAAGACUUGUUUGUUUUUUAUUAUUGCUGUUUUCAUUAAUGUUAUUAUUAAUGAUGUGAUUGGUUUUGGUUAUGUAUUUUUUUUUUAUCAAUCAGUCUGAGUCAGUCUGACUCAGACAAUUGCUUUUUCCAUGUUUGGAAAAUGUGUACCCCUUUUUUUGUUUUUAUUUUCUUUGUUCUUGUCAAUCUUCCAGCUGUACUUGGAGGAGGAGCCAUUGUCUGCCUGACAAGACAGCAAAUCAAUGUUACAGUAAUCAUAUGUACGUAUAUAAAAAAAA